UGGGUAAAAUAAACUUUCCGGGACGCUAACCCGCGUCUUCCCGUCGAGCUUCAGCCUUGGCUUAGGUUGGCUUGAGCUUCUUCGGUUCAUGAACACCUGUCCCACAUCACCACGUUGAAUCCUCAGGUCACAAGCAUAGGUAUCGCAGCAAUGGCAGACCCAUUGUACGAACUGCUGGUUCCAUACUUCAAUACGCCCUCCCCACGGCCGGCACCUUCUUCCAAAGACCCGACCACCAAUGCAUAUCUGAGUCGACUUACAACCCUACCCCUCUCGUCCCUCACCAGCAGCGAGCCCCAGUCCCUCUCCCAAACCACCCACUCUCUCCUCCUUUCUCUUCAAGGCCUCUCGAAACGCUCCCACAAAUCUAUAAUUGACUCCUCCACACACCUCUCAACUCUCAGCACGACUCUGCCCUCCCUCGCCCAGUCUACAGCCUCCCUCCGAGACGCCCUCCCGAAACUCGACGAUGCAGCUAUCCACUUCAGCGAAACCUACAACACACGCUCAGAAAAUGCUCUCCUUGAUCGCAGGCGUAAAGCCCUCCUCCUCUCCCGCAAUAUUGACCGUCUCUCCGACAUUCUGGACCUCCCAACCCUCCUCUCAUCUGCGAUAUCCACCUCAAAUACAGCUUCCACAUCUGCAACUACCUCUGCAAAUGCUACCCUAAACUACGCCUCAGCUCUCGAUUUAAACUCGCAUAUAAGACGUCUGCAUGGCUUGUACCCAGAUUCAGCGCUCAUUUCGAGCGUGGAAAAGCAGGCAGAGGAAGCUAUGCAGGAAAUGGCCACGAAUCUAAUAGCCAGUCUCAAGACCAGCUCCCUGAAGCUCGCCAGCGCAAUGCGGACUAUCUCAUGGCUACGGCGUGUAGCUCCUGAAUUGGACCCUGCACCUGUAUCCUCAGUCCCAGCGCAGUCAAUGCAUCAUACCAGUGGAGCAGGAGGAGCGUCAAGUCGAGAAGGCAGUCUCGGCUCCCUCUUCCUCGUCUGCCGUCUUGCCAAUCUCCAGCAAACCCUCUCAGCCUUGGAACCUCUCCGAGAACUCGCAGACCAGGAAACGCUGCGUCUGCAAGAAACCAAGAGCAACGAGAAUGGAGCUGUGAAAGAACGUAGUAAAUGGGAAGGUGGACAGCAAACGGAGCGCUACUUAAAACGCUACAUAGAGAUUUUUCGUGAGCAGAGUUUCGCUAUAAUCUCUAUGUACAGAAGUAUAUUCCCGGCUGGGAGCUCGGCACACGAAGAAGCCGUAUUAAAGGGACUCGGGAGGGAGGUGGAUGGCGCGAAGAAGGACGAGGAUCCUUUGCAGCCGUUACCGAGUUCGCUAGACACGUUCCCAUUGCAGCUUGUGGGUAUGCUGGAAGACACGUUGAGGAGGUAUCUUCCGAAUGUCAGAGACAGGAGUAGUAGGGACAGUCUGUUGACGCAGGUGUUGUAUUGUGCCGGGAGUCUGGGUAGAUUAGGCGGGGAUUUUAGUCUGUUGCUUGCAUUUUUGGGAGAGAAUGGGAAAAAUAAUAGUGAAGAUGCAGAGGAGGAAAGUGAUGAGGACGAUGAGUGGGUAGAAGUCAUUAGAAAGCAUAGAGUGCUAGCUGGCAGGUUAGAAUUGAUGGUUGGAGCUAGAGAUGGAUAGACGGUUAAAAACAUACAUAGAUGUCUAGCAUCUAUAUAUCUACAUUCAUCAUGCAGAUCACGUUGUACUUGAAGAGGCAUACCAAAUGGAAUAGUAGUUGGAAAAAUACGAAAUCUCGUGA